AUGUCGUCUUUCGAUUUACGAGACCCGAAUAUCUUUAAUCCCAUUCAAGUAGGUCAUGUUAGACCUUUGCAUCGUGCUGUGAUGCCACCUUUGUCAAGGAUGAGUACCAUUGAUUCCAUGCCCCUUCAGCUGGAAUCGCUCCCAGAGUAUUAUGGCAUUAAAUCUCAGACACCAGGAACAUUAGUCAUUGUUGAGUCUACGUUGCUGUCACCCCCUAAUAAUGGCGAGGUCGUCAAAGCAUGGACACCGCAAGAGAUGGAAUUCUGGAGACAAAUAUUCGAACAAAUCCACAUGAACAAUUCCUACGUAUUUGUUCAAUUGGCUAAUUGGGGCAGUCCUGCAGAUGCUAACGAUUUAGCUGAAUCUUUUGGUAGAGUUUCUUUGAAUGCAAAUGGUACCGAUAGUGGUCUUCAGGGGACUGAUCCUUCUAACCAAGAAUUUGUCGAUCAGUUUGUGAGGGAUUACGUGCAAGCGGCUCAGAAUUGUAUACUAGCUGGUGCUGAUGGUGUUGAAAUACAUCAUGUCAAUGGCUCCCUUUUGAACCAAUUCCUAGAUCCUCAAUCGAACACUAGGGCAGACGACUACGGCGGGUCCAUCGGUAACAGGGCUAGGCUUACGCUACGGGUGGUAGAGGCGCUCGCGAAUACUAUCGGAGUUGAAAGAGUUGGUAUAUCUUUUUCGCCCUAUGCCAGUUCGUCACAUUUUCUUAGCGUGGCCCAAUAUGCAUAUAUACUUGGGGAAUUGGAAAGAAGCUCUCAAGAUGGUAAUCGUUUGGCAUACGUCCAUUUAGAAGAACCGGUAAGCGGUUCACUACCACCAGAAGGUCAAAUCGGACCCAACCAAGGUGCCGGCAGUCUUAUAUACUCGAUAUGGAGGGGUCCCGUGAUCCGCGCGGGUAAUUUAUCUUCAUAUCCUACGUUGCAUCCAGAAGUAUUGGAAGAUAUGGCCAAAAAUGACCGUACUUUGGUUUCUGAUGGUAGGUUUUUCUUAUCUACGACAUUGAAUCGUAGCUAA